AAGAUUGGAGAUUGGAGAUUGGAGAUUGCAGAGAUCAUUUAUAAAAGAUCUGAGUCUCAUCGAACCAACCACUCCCAUUCCCAACCAACCAACCAACCAAAGUCAACCUAAGUGUUUGAUUUGAAUUUGGGUAAGAUGAGUAAUUCAGUGUGCUCUGUUUUGGUCUUGUUUUCACUGAUCUUUGUCUCAGCUCAAGCUAGUAGAUCACUCCUUACAAAGCCCCAACCUCUUCCAUCCUUCAGAAUCAUCAACACCACCACUACUCAUCCUCUUCUUGCGUUCUCCAAGGUCAAUUCUACUACCAUCACUGCUACUUCCCAGCCUCUUCCACCCUUGAAGACCAAAACUGCCACUUCCCAGAAAGAGAAUGGAGCGUGUUAUUACACGGUGAGGUUUACAACAAGCUGCUCUUCACCCAGUUACACCAGGGACCAAAUCAGUCUCGACUUUGGCGAUGCCUAUGGCAAUGAGGUGUAUGUACCUCGGAUAGACGAUCCAUCCUCAGGGACAUUCGAGGCCUGUUCUGUUGACACGUUCGACAUAUACGGACCCUGUAUGUACGACACGUGUUAUUUAUACGUGUACAGGAGUGGAUACGACGGUUGGAAACUCAACACUGUGGAGGUCUACGGUUACAAUUCUGUUACCUUUUACUACAACACUUUUAUUCCCAGAGAUGUGUGGUAUGGAUUUGAUUACUGCAAUGGUCUUUCUGCCUCCACCUGAUCAACGGUCAAGAUCAAUCUGGGACCCA